AGUCGAGAGCUUUCGGAGUGAUUGGUUUGAGAUUCUCUUGGUAUUGUUCUGAGAUCCUUUCUCUUCGUGACUUGGUGCAUUAGUCAUCCAGUUCUUAAAUUGUGUGAAAGUGAGGAGUUUCACGUAAAACCAAAGGAAGUUGACUUGAAGAGAAAAAAAUUGCGUAAAAUCUGAAUCACUUUUUUUCUUCUUCUUCAUUGAGGGGGUGUUUGGGGUUUAUUGAACGCCAAAACGGUUACCAUCGUUGCCACAUACAUUAAAGUACAACCACAGACAAAACCGUCGUCGACUAGCCUGGGAGGUAUUGAAUUGUUGUGGUUGAUUCUUAAGCGGAGAAAGGUUCUACAAUAAGCCCCAACGCAAAACUAUGAGGAAGUGGCGUGCUUGAGGGUCGUUCGGUACAAAGGGGUUCUCCCGUUUAAUUUUUCGGAGGGAAAACGAGAAAAACUUUUUGGUGUAUGCGUGUGGACAAAUAAGUUUUGUGGUCGAUAGGCACUUGAACUUUUAAUGAUAUUUAUUGGAAUUCACUUCCUUACCUCAAAUGCAUUGCUUCAAAUGAAAAACCCCAGAGAUUCACCCAAGUCAAUGUUUAAUUUAUUACCUGUUGCAUAAGGACAUCCUAAUAAAUUGAGCUUCAUAGUUAUACAGAAGAUCCAAUUUUGUGCCAUGAUUUGCAUCUCAAACUUAGAAUUCAUCUCUCAGUGAAUAGUUUCAUGUGAACUAAAACCAACUAGAGUACAUAACAAGGGUGUUUAGUGACUCAGUGGAGAAACAUAUCUAAGUUACCACAGUGUAUGUGAAUUUGUUCUAAGAGACAGCAAAUAAACUUAACUUGAAAACACUUUUCUCCAAAAUCCUUCCUUGUGCAUACUCUGUAAGUGAAAUACUUGUAGUCAUCAUAAGCCCAGACUAAACGUGCGCUUUUCCUGGUGUAUUGUUUUCAUGCCAACAACAAAGAAGUAAAAUUUCAUAUCAAAAGGUUAAGAAUCCAUAAAGAAGGAUUUUACCUUUUCUCAUAAGUGCUUAAUUUCGUGCAAUUGUGGUGUGUUGCAACUUUUGGAAGAAUAAGACGAAACUACAAUUAAUCUAAUUAAGAUUACAGCAACAUAAAUUGUUCAAAUAGCGACAUGAGCAUCAAUCAAUGUCGCUGAGCACACGAAAACGGGCAUUCGGUAAUCAAUUUAGUUGGUGAUCUUCAACCACGACCUCAUCGGCCGGAAGUUGAUUGCCAUCCGUGUGGAGAGGAUGUCGACAGGACACCGGAGGGACUCAUUGGUGCGACACCCAGAACAGAACACCGCCACACACCGUCGAUACAAUCUGGCGAAAAUUGAGUUUAUCAUCUUCAUAGGAUUAAUUUGUCUCACAACAACAAGUGGUGUUUGGGCAGGUUUUGCCUGCCUCAGCAAUCCCUGUGUCUUCGGUGUCUGUAUUGAUGACCUGAACAGCACUUACUCGUGCUACUGCAUCGAUGGCUACACAGGUGUGCAGUGUCAGACAAAUUGGGAUGAAUGCUGGUCAUCCCCCUGCCAGAAUGGUGGAACGUGCAUCGACGGUGUGGCCCAGUACAAUUGUAGCUGUCCGGAUGGUUUUGCCGGGGUAAACUGUGAGGAAAAUCUCGACGAGUGUCUGUCGAACCCGUGUCAAAACGGUGGCGUCUGCAAUGACCGAGAUAACGGCUACACAUGUACCUGCUUACCUGGCUUCCUGGGAGGACACUGUGAGAUUGAUGUGGCCGUGUGCGAAUCAGCUGAUGGAAAUGCAACGGAACGCUGCGAGAAUGGGGGUGAAUGCCUCGAAGGGCCUGGCCUCUCCUUCUCCUGCCAAUGUUCACCUGGCUGGGAAGGUGUUCGCUGCCAACAGGACAUCGAUGAAUGUGCAUCGGCUCCAUGCCAAAAUGGAGGGGUUUGCGUGGAUAAACUGGCUGGUUAUGCAUGUGCUUGCAUUACAGGUUUCACUGGAAAUGACUGUGAAGAAACGAUUCUUGUGUGUGAUGACUCACCGUGCAGGAACGAUGCCCUGUGCCUAAUGGAGGAUGGUCAGCCAGUUUGUUAUUGUGUCCCUGACUUUCAUGGGGAACGAUGCGAGAAUCAAUACGACGAAUGUCUUCUUGGUCCAGGGUGCCAAAAUGGGGGAACUUGCAUCGAUGGGGUAGAUGAUUUCUCAUGUUCCUGUCCACCUGAUCUCAGUGGUUCUCUGUGCGAGUGUUUAGUGCAGCAGGAUGGAAAUUUUAAUUGCAACUAUACUCGCCCACCUGGUUGGACAUAUCCGCCCACAACCACAGUCAUGUCCACGAGGACCAUAGAUCAAGAGACUGAAAGUUCCACUGCGGAAUUGUGGACUACGAGUUCAAGUAUUAUCCCAAGAAUAAGCUCCACAGUGCCAACAAUCACGACCUCCAUUGAGUCAACCACACCAUCGACAAUCACCACGGAAAGUGAAACAGGCGUUGAGACCACCACGAUUUCCACCCUGGAAACGACAGAGAUGCCAGAAACUACUUUAGGUGAUACUGAGACAACACAGAGUAGCACCAUGACCUCUGAAGAGCCCUUGAACACCACAAUAACGGCCCCUUUGACCACGAAAACCUCGGAAAUUACAGAAACUUCCAGUGAUUCUAGUAUCCCAACGACAAGUACCAUUCCUGCUUCGGAAAGUACUACGACAGAUUCUUUACCAGUCACCAGCACAACUAGCACUUUUUCCACAACCUUCGUCACAGAGGAAGAGACAACCAGUACAGAAGCUGAAGACAUUCCAACCACCAUCAAUCCUUUCUUUACAACCCAUCCCUCGAGGAGAUCCACGACAACAGAAGUCUCCCAAGAAGACACUACGCUCAGCACUGUCAGUCUCACGGACAGCACAACAAUAGCCACCAUCUCAACGACGAUUCCGGUGGAAAAUUACACCGGAAGUCCGGAUUGCAUGAAGCAGCCCUGUCUCAAUGGAGGAACAUGUGUGAGCACGUCCAAAGGAAUGCGGUGUAUAUGCCGAUUCAACCGCCAGGGCAGUUUUUGUGAGGCUCCACUUGUGAUCAGACAUGCUGCUUUUUCGGGCAAUUCCUAUGUCAGCCAUCGCAUCCAGCACCAGAACUUGCGCCAGAGACCAUCAGCCACCUUGGGUGACGUGCUGCCCAUGCAAAUUGAACUGCGAGCUCGAACACGUGCUACAGACGGACUCAUUCUGUUGGCCACAGUUCAAGGCUUCCGAGGGAGCCACUAUGUGGCCCUAUUUCUUCACAAUGGUCUCCUUCAAUUCCAAUUCUCAUGUGGCCUCCAGACAAUGCUACUCAGCGAAUUGGAAGCUCCGGUCAACACUGGCCACGAAAUGAUUAUUCAUGCAGCGCUCGACUUCAGCAGAAACUUUUCCCACUGCAAUGCUUCACUGCGAGUAAAUGACACUCUGGCCAUGAGUGGUGACCAACCGACAUGGCUUGGAACUCUUAGGGCUGAACGGCAUCCAGGAAAAAUUAUACAGAGUGCAUGGCUCCACCUCGGCGGUGCUCCCCAGGCUCCAUUCGGACUGAUAAAUGAUCUGCCAGCAGCUGGUGGUGAGGGAUUCACAGGAUGUCUGCGCUCCCUGAAAAUUAAUGGACAACCACGACAAAUAUUUAGUGAUGCAGAAGAUGGAUUUAGCAUCACGGAAUGUGGCUCAUUAGCAUGUUUAGCUAAUCCCUGUCGAAAUGGUGCUGUUUGCAUUGAAUUGGAGACAAAAGCCCCAGAGACUGACGAUGAAGAUGGUUUUGAGGAGGAAUUUGGCAUAUCAAGUGAAGAUAAAUGGCGUUGCAAAUGUCCCACUGGUUACAUUGGGACUACAUGUGAGAUUUCCGUGUGCGCCGACAAUCCUUGCCAAUACGGCGGCACAUGUGUCCAAUUUCCGGGAAGUGGCUACCUCUGUCUCUGUCCAUUUGGCAAACAUGGACACUACUGUGAGCACAACUUGGAAGUGGCUCAGCCAACGUUCUCAGGAAGUGUUGAAGGGUUGUCAUCAUAUAUAGCGUACCCAGUGCCAAUUCCAUUGGAGUAUUCCUUAGAACUGACCUUCAAAAUUCUCCCGACAACCAUUACUCAAAUAUCUCUGCUAGCUUUCGUUGGUCAAAGUGGCUUUCACGAUGAAAAAAGUGAUCACUUGGCCGUUAGCUUCAUUCAGGGCUACAUUAUGCUAACCUGGAACUUAGGAGCAGGUCCUAGGAGAAUAUUUACGCAGAGCCCAAUUGAAAUGAGGAAUGAGCAUCAACAGCAACCUUACGUAAUUUCAGUCGGUCGAAGCGGAAGACAAGCUUGGCUAUCAGUUGAUGGGAAGGUUAACAUUACCGGAAGGGCACCUGGUAGUCUAACCCGAAUGGAUGUUACACCAAUAAUGUUUUUGGGUGGACACGAGGUAGGUAAUUUUUCCACUCUACCUCAUGAUCUGCCUCUGCAUUCUGGGUUUGAGGGAUGCAUCUACGAUGUUCAUCUACGAGCUGGUCAUGUGACUGUACCUCUCCAAGAUACUAAAGGAGUUCGAGGUCGGGGUGUUGGGCAGUGCAACACGCGAGAAUGCCAUCGACAUGCUUGCCAAAAUGAUGGUGCAUGUCUUCAACAUGGGGCUACUUUUACGUGCAUCUGCCAGGAAGGAUGGUUUGGGCCACUUUGCACUCAGAACGCGAAUCCUUGUGACUCAGAAAAUAACCAAUGCACCGAGGGAGCAACUUGUGUUCCUCUUGUGACGGGCUACGAAUGUGACUGUCCCACUGGGAGGACGGGAAAGAACUGUGAAGUUGUUAUCAAGUCACUAAGCGAUGUUUCGCUCACGGGAAGACGUUCAUAUGUGGCAAUAGCUUGGCCAACUUCCCCAGAAGAGGACUCCCAAGAGGACAAUGAAAUUGCAUCAGAUGCUCUAAGGGUUGAGAAACCCCACAUGAAUGGCUCUACAGGGCUUUUCACUCGUCCUAGAGCCUUCAAAUUUACUCGACAAUUGAAUCCCAUCCGCAUGAGAUUCAUCAAUGAGGUGGAACGCCCACAGAUGCCUCAGAAGCCCCUCAUGAUGCUCACAUCUCCUGGGAAUGUAGCUCAUUUGAGCAUCCAACAGUAUUCCAUUGAGUUUCAGGUGCGACCACUCUCAGAACGAGGUCUGUUGGUGUUCUUUGGAGCCCAUGAGAAUGAACUGGACAGUUCACUGGGAUUCGUGAGUUUGUCACUUCAGGGAGGCGUUGUGGAAUUCCGUGUGUCUAGUCAGAAGCACCAUGUGAGUGUGGUCAGAAGUUCCAGGAUGCUGGCCAUUGGAGAAUGGCAUAAAGUACGUUUUGCUCAAAGUGGGAAGAGACUGAGUCUGUGGGUGGAAGGAAGUGCCACGAGUGCUUCUUCUGACUCCAAUGGAAUUUUCAUACGGCGAGAAACGAAGAUUUACCUCGGAGGACUACCAGAUCUAUCGCAUCUACCGUACAAUUCCAUUUCGGGGUUUCCUGUGCCAUUUAGAGGAUGCAUCCGACAACUCUCUGUCUCCGGAUCGAGGAUUGUUCUCAAUGAAACUAACAUUUUAGAAUCAAGAAAUGUACAGGAUUGUGAUGGAACAGCCUGUGGUGGAGAUUCAUGUGAUUUGGGCGGACAUUGUUGGCUGGACGAGAAACUUCAGCCUCACUGCAAGUGUCCUGAAAAUGCCAAGGGAGAUCGCUGUGAGAUUCCUGAAUCCUGCCAUGUAAUCUCCUGUAAGAACCGCGGUAAAUGCCAAAGAAAUGGCGAAUGCAGCUGCCCAAAUGGCUGGGGAGGAUUCUUUUGUGAAAUAGCCACCAGUAAAUAUUCCACACCCAGCUUCAAUGGCAACAGUUAUUUGGUAGUCCCGCCCCAAAGGAUUCCCGUUAAGGGAAAACGCAACGGACCUGUGCUGUUCGUGCGUUCGCCCGAAGGGAUUGAGAUAUCCCUGAACUUCUCCACUACGCACCAGAGUGGCCUCCUGCUGUGGAGUGAUGCAUCAGGUGGGAAGUUCUUCGGCGUGGGACUUGAGAGGGGCCACUUGAGAGUAGCCAGUAGUGCCUUGGAUGCAGUCAAUGGAACUGUUGAUAUUGCAACAGGAGGCUACAUUUCUGAUGGCGCCUGGCACAAUCUCCUACUUAGUUCUGACGAUGAGGAUCUGCAAAUGUCUCUCGAUGGCAGACGCAUCUUUUCAGAUGAAAAGCAUCAGAGGGGCAACUUCAAUUCCUCAAGAGAAGCCCACAGUAUUACCCUACAGGACACUUUCUAUAUAGGUGGCUUUCCUAACACCGAAACUGUCGCAAAGCGAACAGGAAAUAAAUUCCGGAAAUCAUUCAGUGGAUGCCUUCAAGACAUCAGUGUGGGCCCCUCAGAUUUCACACCGGAAACCCAUAUCGAGCUGACAGAUCUCGACGGAGAAAAUAUUGGCGUCUGUGAAUUCGCGUAAUGUGACACCGUUUUUUGUGAGCGAAAGAGAGAGUGAAUGAAUUGUGACAAAAAAAUACAAUUUGCAUGGAAUGAGGCAGAAAUUAGACAGACUUUUUUGUAAAGAAAAAAAAAACAAUUACAUUUUUUACAUAGGGAAUUUCACGAGAAACAAAUAAAAAACAAAUUGAAAUAAGGAAUUUUAGAGACGAAAUACAUUUAAAAUUGACAGAGAAAUGUGUGUAUAAAUAAAAUAGAAUGACUCACACUUUCAUUUGUGAGGUAAGUACUUGAGAUACAGAAGAAGAAAAACUAGUCAGAAAUAUUUAAAUAAAAUGAUGUGUAAAAUGAAUUGAAAAUAAAGAGAAAUUUAGAAUUUUGAAA